AUGGGGUCUCUAGACGAGUUCACAUUUUCCGGAACCGCCUACGUCCAGGGCAAGGCCACAGGAAGGCUCCUCGCCAGCAACCUCGAACUCAGCUUCUGGGGAGGUGUCGACCCGCACAAGAGCGAGAUCAUCGACCGCCACCAUCCCUUGAGCGGGCAACGUCUUCAAAACUCGAUCCUCGCUAUUCCAGGAGGCCGAGGCUCCUGUACUGGCAGCGGCAUUGUGCUGGAGCUUCUGCUUAACGGAAAGGCACCCGAGGCGAUGAUUUUUGAACGACGCGAGGAUAUCCUCACUUUGGGGGUUAUGAUUUCGGAAGAAGUCUUUCAAAAAUCAAUUCCAGUUUUGGUCUUGAAAAAGGAGGACUUUCGGGAGCUUUUAAAGUUCAAUGGUCGCGAUAUCUACGUUGACGGUGGUCAUGUUUCUACCAAGGAGCUGCCAAGACAACUAGCAUGCUCUUCGAAUGAUGUCGAAGAGGAUGCUCUAGAUCUUGGAACCACGCCUACUUUGGAGGGUGUCAAACUUUCCAGCCUUGAUGAGGCAUUCCUCAAGGGCGACUAUGGAGAGGCAUCACGUGUGGCAAUUCGCAUAGUACUGCGUAUGGCCCAUGUACUCGGCGCUACCGAGUUGAUGGAUGUGACACAAGUCCAUGUCGACGGGUGUGUUUAUACUGGUCCUGCGACUCUGGCUCUGGCAGAGAGACUCAGGGACUGGGGAGGUGAGGUCCGAGUCCCCACGUCCCUCAACUCCAUCUCAGUCGAUCAAAAACGAUGGCGUGCCUUGGGUAUCGAUACGACGUUUGGUGAAGCCGCUGAUAGGCUUGGGAAGGCCUAUACGGAUAUGGGAGCACGUCCGACCUUUACCUGCGCACCAUACCAGCUCGAAACCGCUCCCAAGUUAGGUGACCAGGUGGCGUGGGCAGAGUCAAAUGCCGUUGUGUAUGCCAACAGCGUGCUUGGGGCAAGGACCAUGAAGUAUCCCGACUUUCUCGACAUAUCCAUCGCCUUGACGGGGAGAGCACCUAAAGGAGGCCCUCAUAUCGAUGCCAACCGACUAGCCUCGGUCUGUAUCAAGAUCUCGGGGUUCGAGUUCAGUAAAGCGGUCGACGAUUCGUUUCCACCCUUGCUUGGCUACUACGUGGGGUCCUUAUCAACGAGCCAGAUCCCAGUGGUUGUGGGACUCGAGUCUUUUGAUCUUUCCAAGGACGAUUUAAAGGCAUUCGGGGCUGCUUUUGCUACAGUUUCCAGUGCACCGAUGUUUCACAUCGUUGGGGUGACGCCAGAAGCUACCACACUCGAGGCUGUGGUCACCCCUGAUUUCACGUCCGUCGAAGUCAACUUUACGGAACUGAUGGCGUGCUGGGAAAAGUUGAAUAGCGCCCCGAGACAUCAGCCUAUUGACCUGGUAUCUCUUGGAAACCCGCACUUUUCCCUCUCCGAGAUACGAAAGCUAGCAACUCUGUGCCGAGGUAGGGAGAAGUCGGCGAGCGUUGCCAUGAUCGUAACCUGCAGUCGCGCAACAUACGGUCUUGCCGGCCAAGCAGGCCUAAUAGACGAGCUGGAACGAUUUGGAGUGCAGAUCCUUACUGAUACAUGCUGGUGCAUGAUCACCGAGCCAGCGAUACCACCGGCUGCAAAGACCAUCAUGACAAACUCUGGAAAGUAUGCUCACUAUGGGCCAGGACUGACGGGAAGGGGCAUGUACUUUGGGAGCUUGGCUGGCUGUGUGGAAGCAGCUUGCUGUGGUCGUUAUGAUGCUGAGAUGCCAUCGUGGCUUGUGAGUGCACUUGCUUAA